CCAUGGAUUCACAACAGCAGCAGCAGUCGCCAUGGCAAGCGAAUCCUGCUGCCUCUGCGUCCAGACACGGCUCCAUUGCAGCUACGUCGCAGCAGCAGCAGCCGCCCAAGUACGACCCCUACAAAAUGACUCGUCCCUCAUCGCAAAACACUCCUCUUGACGGCGAUACCGACGGAGACAGGGUCAUGGAAGACGCCGAUCCAUACAAUCGCCAGAAGUACUCGUCCAGCUCGCGCACCCCAACUCAGAGGGCCGCCUACCUUUCGUCGCAACCCAACGUGGACUCGACCGCUGCCCGCCGCUACUCGCCAAUGAACACGACCUCUCCUACCUCACCAUACAUGACCAGUCCGAACCAAUACACGCCCCAGCAGAUGCGACAAUCGCCUACGCGUCACAUGUACUCGUCGCCGACUCAAUCGCGUCCGAACCUNCCCCCAAUCCAAUCCAAUGCCGACUUCUAUCCCUCUCCCUUCAAUCAGAGCGGUCCUCACUCUCCGCGACUACCUCCUCCCAACCAGUCUCAAUCCGAGCCACCCACUCGCGGCCAUGUCCCUGUCUUCACAAAGUGCGACAAUGUCGGCGAUUUGCAGCCUCGCGUAAACGCCCAGCCGCCUUUCAGGAGAGCUCAUCCAGACGGUGGUUUUAUCUCGCCUCUGCAGGCCUUGACUACACAAUUGCCUGCGACAUACAGAAUUUGCAACCCAAAUUUCCAGUAUGAGAGUUCGCGCAACCCCCGCAGAGUCCUCACCAAGCCAUCCAAGGGUACCAAGAACGACGGCUACGAUAACGAGGAUAGCGACUACAUUCUCUAUGUCAAUGACAUUCUCGGCAGCGACGACACCAAUAACAAGAAUCGCUACCUCAUUCUCGAUGUCCUCGGCCAGGGUACCUUUGGCCAGGUGGUGAAAUGUCAGAAUCUCAAAACCCAAGAGGUUGUUGCGGUCAAGGUGGUGAAGAAUCGCACAGCCUACUUCAACCAGAGCAUGAUGGAGGUUUCUGUUCUUGAUCUGAACGACGACCAUCACAUUCUCCGACUAAAGGACACAUUCAUCCACAGACAACACCUGUGUCUAGUAUUCGAGCUUUUGUCGGUCAACCUGUACGAGCUCAUCAAGCAAAAUCAGUUCAGAGGACUGAGCACCACUCUUGUGAGAGUCUUUGCCCAACAGCUACUAAGUGGCUUGUGUCUGCUUAGCAAAGCCCGCUUGAUUCAUUGCGAUCUGAAGCCUGAGAACAUCUUGCUCNNAAAAAGUUUCCUGGAGAGUCCAAUAAUCAAAAUAAUCGAUUUCGGAUCUGCAUGUGACGAACGUCAGACGGUAUACACAUACAUCCAAUCGCGCUUCUACAGAUCUCCAGAAGUUCUCCUCGGCUUGCCCUACUCAGCGGCUAUUGACAUGUGGUCUCUGGGCUGCAUUGUUGUCGAGCUCUUCCUCGGCCUGCCUCUUUUCCCUGGUUCCUCCGAGUACAAUCAAGUGUCGAGAAUCACCGAGAUGCUAGGUCUCCCUCCCACCUGGAUGCUUGAAGUCGGCAAGCAAUCAGGCGAGUUCUUCGAGAAAACACAUGACGAGUUUGGUCGUAAAACAUAUCGUCUCAAACCAAUGGAUCAGUACUCCAGAGAGCACGGCACAAAGGAGCAGCCCAGCAAGAAAUAUUUCUCUGCUACUACCCUUCCUGAGAUCAUCCGCAACUACCCAAUGCCGCGUAAGGGCAUGAAGCAAGCAGAGAUUGACCGUGAGAUGAACAACAGGGUCGCCUUCAUCGACUUCGUCCACGGUCUUCUGAACAUCAACCCACUCGAGAGAUGGACGCCACAGCAGGCUCGCACCCACCCUUUCAUCACCCAACAAAAGUUUACCAGCCCCUUCCAGCCUCAGAUGCAUCUCAAACCGUCAUCUUCUCGCUCACCCGCCCCUGGCCUUCAACAACAGCAGCAAGCUGAAGCUCUAUCCAAGCAGCGUGCCCAGGCUGCACAGCAGCAACAACAUCAGCAACAGCAGGCCCAGUCUGCUGCCAAUGCCGCCUAUGCCGGCGUGCACAUGCAAACCCCUGGCUACCCGGCCUCUCCUCACGCUCAGCAAUCACCCAUGUACUCCAACAUGUACACUCCCACACAGCAGCANACAAGCUCCACCCCGUACCCUUCGGCCGCCGUACCCAACACAUACAAUCAAGCGCCCAUGCUGCAGCAACCACCGCCGAUCGCUUCCAUGCACGGCCACCAGCCUCAGCAACACGCCUAUCAGCACAACCAGUCUCAAUCGUCACUCUACGCUCAGGCCACCACACGAGCUGGUCGUCAACGUGCCUCCACCAUGGACCUGGCGAACGGGAUUCCCUCAUCGCUGCAACGAGUCGUAUCCCACCUCGAUCCGAAUGCACCCAUUCGUCUUCAGCCCAGCCCGGCCUACUANCCCCCUCCCAACGAACAAACAGGCGACGUCGGCAAUGUCGGUGGCAGAAGACGCAUGAGCAGAGGACCAAGAGAUGCCCGAAGCCAGACAAACUUUGUACGACAACUAGAGGAUCGCACGCUGGAAGAAGGAUGGACAGGUGGCAACAACGGCGGCGGUGGCGGCUGGGCA